GAGCCUUCAUCUGUACCUGCGCCCGACCCUGGCGCACCGCCUCCCUUUCGAGUUCAUGUCACUGGCUCCGCUCGUACGGAGGGCUACUACAAGAUCUCACAUGCCGAGAAGUCUGCGUAUGUAGCCCAAUACGCGUCUCGCAGUACGGUCAACGAAAGGGGGCCCGAGAAGGAGCAGCCGGCUCAACAGAACAUCACUUCCUCGCGAACCAAUCGUGCUAACGCGCGUCGACGUGCACAAGGUCUUGAAGAGAUCAACCAGGUCCAACGUGCGAUGGCGCUGUCGAAGGGCGAGUCGGCCGCGACGGAGCUCAUCAAGUUCAAUCAGCUGCAGACGCGGAAGAAGCACUUGCGCUUCGCGCGAUCGCCUAUCCACGAUUGGGGCUUGUACGCCAUGGAGAAGAUCUCGCGCAGGGAGAUGGUCAUCGAGUAUGUCGGCGAGAUCAUCCGUGCACAGGUCGCCGACAAGCGCGAGAAAGCGUACGAGCGCCAGGGUAUUGGCAGCAGCUACUUGUUCCAUAUCGACGAAGAAUUGGUAGUGGGUAUGUGGAUGUUUGCGGUGCCAUAUAAUCGAGUUUACUCACUGUGCUAUCGCAGUCGCCUGCCAGUGAUCAAUCACUCGUGCGAGCCCAAUUGCACGGCGAGGAUUAUUACGAUCAAUGGCGAGAAAAAGAUCGUCAUCUAUGCAAAGUUUAUUCCGCCGCCUCUGCCGUUGUAA